AUGUCUGAAAAUGCACUGAUGCUCGCCACUUCAGCCAUUGGCUUGGCCGUCAUUGCGAUCGCCUCCGUGCCUUCGACCAUCAGUCUCAUCACUCAGCUGCGCACCCGACACACCAAAGCCGAAGGCUACGAGGAUGCGGACGGUAAAAGUUCGCCCGAAGCUGUCAAGGCGUUCAGCGCCAAGCUCCCUAAGGCCUUCAUACUCGCCUUCUCGGUGACUGGUUUAUGCAUAUCCAUCACACUCGCCGUUCUUUCGACGCUGAGGCCAAGGGGUGUAGGGGACGGGUUGUUUCUAGAGAACUGGUUGGUGGUUCCGGCCUGGGCACUUUUGGUUCUACAGGCAACCUGCAUCGCCUCGAGCCGCCACUCGGUGGUCGCUUAUGACCUUGGAAUCAAUUCCAUGGUGUCCUGCGUGGUACUUGCUGCUGUCCUAGCCGUGCAGGAUCAACAGGUCGCCGCCACGCUCCUGAGACACGACGCUGCCAUUUUCUCCAUUCGAGCCGUCGAGAUCGUCACUAUUGUUUGUCUGGCUUUUGCCAGUCUGUCGAUCCCACGCCGACCAGAUGUAUUUCACGGCGGCAAGCUGGUUGACCGCAAGCACACGGUCUCUGCGUGGAGCCGGUUCAACUGGAGCUGGCCGUCCAACGUGCUUGGGUACGCUGCGAAGAAGAAGAACUUGGACUUGAUCGACCUUCCGCGGCCUGACCACCUUACGAGAUCCAAGGAGGCCGCAGCUGACUGGGAGAGUCGUGGGUUCACCGGCCCACUGUGGCUCUCCAUCAUCUACGCCCAUAAAUGGCUUUUCGCUCUGCAGUGGUUCCUGACCUUGAUGACUGCCUUGCUCAACUUCGCGCCCCAGUGGGUUGUGCUGCAGCUACUUCAUCUGCUGGAACGGAGGCAGACGCACGAACGGCUUGGCUACGAUGCAUGGAUGUGGGUCAUCUGGCUCCUGGUAGCCAUUAUUGCUCAGGGAUGGUUCGAGUCGUACGUGUUCUGGAUGUCCUUUGGCGAACUUUGUAUCCCUAUUCGCGCUCAGCUGUCUGCUCUCAUCUUCGAGAAGUCGAUGAGGCGCAAAGAUGUCAAGGAAGCAAGCAAGAAAAGGCCUGCAGCAGAGUCGAGCGAGGCAACCAUCAUUGGUCCCGCGGGGGAAAGCUCCAAUAUUGACAAACCCGAGGCCGAAGAAGUUGAAGAAGAUGACGCUGACCAAGUGAAUAAGAGCAAGCAGAGCACAGUCAACCUGAUUGGUGUCGAUGCCAAACGUGUAUCAGACUUUGCCGCGUUCAACAACUACUUCCCUGGAAGUGUGUUCAAGCUGGUUGUAUCUCUUGUCUUCCUGGUAGACCUCUUGGGAUGGAAAGCGCUACUUGCUGGGUUCUCGACUAUGCUCGCAGUCACGCCUCUCAACAUCUACUUCUCGAAGAAGUACUCGGAUGCGCAAGACCGGUUGAUGAAGGUUCGCGACGAGAAAAUGGCAGUCGUAUCGGAAGCGCUCCAGGGGAUACGUCAGAUCAAGUUCUCCGCCUUGGAGCCCCAAUGGGAGAAGAAGAUUGGCGAGGUCCGAGAAAGGGAACUGCAAAGCAUCUGGAAGGCCUUGCUAUACGAUGUCAUGUUGAUGGGUUGCUGGAUUACAAGUCCGAUUAUGUUGGCUGCCGCGUCUCUGGCUGUCUAUGCUGCAAUACACGGUACCCUUCUGCCUUCUGUUGCGUUUGUCAGUCUGGGUGUCUUCAAGGCGCUCGAGGUCACCUUGUCGGUGAUUCCAGAGCUGACCACUGAUCUACUCGACGCCUGGAUUUCUGUCAAACGUAUCGACGCCUACCUGCGAGGGGCUGAGAUAUCAAAGAUUACCAAAGAUGCGGACGAGGUGUCGUUUGACAAUGCAUCUAUCGCUUGGCCCUCCGACACGGACCCCAACGAAGCUGACGCGGAUCCUGACCGCUUCGUCUUGCACGACGUCAACGUUACCUUCCCCAAAGGAGAGCUGUCUGUCAUAUCAGGUAAGACGGGAAGCGGUAAGAGUCUGAUGCUCGCUGCCAUCCUCGGCGAGGUCGACAUCCUGUCGGGCUCUAUCGCUGUACCUCGACCCCCUCCCAUGAUCGAAAGACAUGACAGCAAAGCAAAUAAGGACAACUGGAUCAUCCCGGGCGCUGUGGCCUUUGUCGCCCAAAUACCGUGGAUUGAGAAUGCCACCGUCAAGGAGAACAUCUUGUUUGGGUUACCAUGUGAUCAAACCAGGUACAACAAGACCAUUGAAGUCUGCGCCUUGAAGAAGGACAUGGAGAUGUUCAGCGAUGGGGAGGAAACAGAGAUUGGGGCUAAUGGAAUCAAUCUGAGUGGUGGCCAGAAAUGGCGGAUCACGCUUGCGCGAGCGGUGUACUCUCGCGCCGGUAUACUCGUACUCGAUGACAUUUUCAGUGCUGUGGACGCACAUGUUGGUCGGCACAUCUUCGAGAAGUGCCUCAAUGGCGAGCUCGGAGUCGGGCGGACACGCAUUCUUGUCACUCACCAUGUGGCGCUGUGUGAACCAAAGACGAAAUACCUCGUCGAGCUGGGAGAGGGCCAUGUACUAAACGCCGGCUUGAUGUCGGACUUGGAUGAAACGGGUACCCUGGAUCAGAUCAAGAGUCACGAGCAAGUCGAGCACGAUUCGCAAGAGGAGGAGGAUUCAACAGCCGUGAACUCGGAGCAGACGUCUCAAAUCGAUAGUGAGCAAAAUGGAGACCCUCUGGUCAAAACACCGUCCAAGACACCGGAAGCACGCAAGUUCGUCGAGGAAGAGGGCCGAGAGAAGGGAGCCAUCAAACGGAAAGUCUACACGACCUAUCUCAAGUACAGCGGGUCUUGGACAUUCUGGAUUGGCGCGGUGGUUCUAUUCCUCUUCGUACAAGCACUUACUGUUGGGCGAUCGUGGUGGUUGAGGAUCUGGACCGGAUCAUACGAGGAGGAGAGCACCAAGAUGCAGGCGGAGUCUUACGCUUACAGGUAUCAGCUCACGCUACAGCAGGGCACUAUGCACACCAUGAUGCGUCCCAUGGUCGAACCAAAGUUUGCAGGUGGUCUCGGCUUUUACCUGGGCAUCUACGUCUGCCUCGCAAUAUCCACUUCGAUCCUUUCUACGUCUCGGUGGUACUACAUCUUCACCGGCUCUAUUCGCGCGUCUAGACAGCUUUUUGCCAAAGUCAACUUCGUCGUCUUGCGAGCUCCGCUGCGGUGGCUGGACACUGUUCCUGUUGGUCGCAUUCUAAACCGCUUCACUUCCGAUUUCCAUUCUGUAGAUACUCACUUGGCUUACGCGGUGGCCUUCGCCUGCAGUGCGCUCCUGAACCUCCUGGGAGUUAUCGUUGCCGGGUUGUUCGUAUCCCCAGUCAUCAUUGCUCUAGCAGGAGUGUUGUUGGGGAUCAGCGUGGUGAUUGCGCUCCGUUACCUCCACGGCGCCAGACCAGUCAAACGACUGGAAUCCACGACAAAGUCUCCCGUGUUCGAGCAGUUCGGAGCGUCUCUGACGGGCGUCUUGACGAUACGAUCGUUUGACAAGAGCCAGGUCUACAUCGAGCGCAUGUAUAAGAAGAUCGACGACUGGACCGUCGCGACCUGGCACCUUUGGCUGUUCAACCGCUGGAUGGGCUGGCGGAUGUCUGCCAUUGGUAGCUGCUUUGCUUCGUUUGUGGCAAUCUUGAUUCUGCUCACUCCGGAUAUGGACUCGGCACUUGCUGGCUUCGCCCUUGCUUUCGCACUGGAAUUCUCGGGCCAUGUCAUGUGGACGAUACGACACUACGCCAAUGUGGAACUGGAGAUGAACGCCGCGGAGCGCAUCGUCGAGUACACGGAAUUGCCAACGGAGAGCCUCGAGGGUGUCAGCCCACCGGCCGCUUGGCCCACCGAAGGUCGUGUCGAAGUCAACGAUCUCGUCGUGAGCUACGCCGAUGACCUUGAACCCGUACUGAAGGGCCUCAACUUCUCCAUCAACCGCAACGAGCGCAUUGGCGUCGUGGGCCGUACUGGCGCAGGCAAGUCCUCGCUGACUCUCGCUUUUUUUCGUUUCCUCGAGGCGCGGUCGGGCAGCAUCCACAUCGACGGACUCGACAUCUCCAAGAUCAAGCUGCACGACCUGCGCAGUCGCCUCGCCAUCAUCCCACAGGACCCGGUUCUGUUCAGCGGCACUGUGCGCUCGAACCUCGACCCGUUCGACAACCACACGGACGCGGAGCUCUUCGACUCACUCUCCCGCGUCCACCUCAUCUCCGAGAACGAGACCUCCCCCAGCACGCCCACGCCCGACAACAACACGCCAACCACCUCAACCGCCAACAACAGGAACAAGAACACCAACAUCUUCCGCUCCCUCGCAAGCCCCAUCGCCGAAGGCGGCCUAAACCUCUCGCAGGGCCAGCGGCAGCUGCUCUGCCUAGCGCGCGCCAUCGUCUCGCGGCCCAAACUCAUGGUCCUCGACGAGGCGACCAGCGCCGUCGACAUGGCCACCGACGCGCUGAUCCAGCGCUCCAUCCGCGAGGAGUUCGGCAAUGACAGUACUCUGAUUGUCAUCGCACAUCGUCUGAGCACCAUUGCCGACUUUGACCGGAUCCUUGUGCUUAGUGAUGGGCGGGUUGCUGAGUAUGGGGCUCCAAGGGAGCUUUGGGAUAACAAAGGCGAUGGCGAGGAGAGGUGGGGUAUGUUCAGGGCUAUGUGUGAGCAGAGUGGGGAGACGGACGUGCUCAGGAGAAUCGUGUUUGGAGAGGGUGCUUGA